UCACUGCAUGGCACAGAGAUCACCUCAUAGUCUUCUUAACCCACAGAGAUCACCUCAUAGUCUACCUAACCCACAGAGAUCACCUCAUAGUCUACCUAACCCACAGAGAUCACCUCACAGUCUACCUAACCCACAGAGAUCACCUCAUAGUCUAUCUUACACACAGAGAUCACCUCAUAGACUACCUUACACACAGAGAUCACCUCAUAGUCUACCUUACAGACAGAGAUCACCUCAUAGUCUACCUUACAGACAGAGAUCACCUCAUAGUCUACCUAACCCACAGAGAUCACCUCAUAGUCUACCUUACACACAGAGAUCACCUCAUAGUCUACCUUAAAGACAGAGAUCACCUCAUAGACUACCUUACAGACAGCGAUCACCUCAUAGUCUACCUUACAGACAGAGAGCACCUCAUAGUCUACCUAACCCACAGAGAUCACCUCAUAGUCUACCUAACCCACAGAGAUCACCUCAUAGUCUACCUUACACACAGAGAUCACCUCAUAGUCUACCUAACCCACAGAGAUCACCCCAUAGUCUACCUAACCCAAAGAGAUCACACCAGAGUCUACCUAACCCACAGAGAUCACCUCAUAGUCUACCUUACACACAGAGAUCACCUCAUAGUCUACCUUAAAGACAGAGAUCACCUCAUAGACUACCUUACAGACAGUGAUCACCUCAUAGUCUACCUAACCCACAGAGAUCACCUCAUAGUCUACCUAACCCACAGAGAUCACCUCAUAGUCUACCUUACACACAUAUAUCACCUCAGAGUCUACCUUACACACAGAGAUCACCUCAUAGUCUACCUUACACACAGAGAUCACCUCAUAGUCUACCUAACCCACAGAGAUCACCUCGUAGUCUACCUAACCCAAAGAGAUCACCUCAUAGUCUACCUAACCCACAGAGAUCACCUCAUAGUCUACCUAACCCACAGAGAUCACCUCAUAGACUACCUUACACACAGAGAUCAUCUCAAAGUCUACCUAACACACAGAGAUCACCUCAUAGUCUACCUUACACACAAAUAUCACCUCAUAGUCUACCUAACCCACAGAGAUCACCUCAUAGUCUACCUUACAGACAGAGAUCACCUCAUAGUCUACCUUACACACAGAGAUCUCCUCGUAGUCUACCUUACACACAGAGAUCACCUCAUAGACUACCUUACAGAGAUCAACUCAUAUACUACCUUACAGACAGAGAUCACCUCAUAGUCUACCUUACAGACAGAGAUCACCUCAUAGUCUACCUAACCCACAGAGAUCACCUCAUAGACUACCUUACAGACAGAGAUAACCUCAUAGACUACCUUACAGACAGAGAUGACCUCAUAGUCUACCUUACACACAGAGAUCACCUCAUAGUCUACCUUACACAGAGAGAUCACCUCAUAGUCUACCUCACCCACAGAGAUCACCUCAUAGUCUACCAAACACACAGAGAUUACCCCAUAGUCUACCUAACCCACAGAGAUCACCUCAUAGUCUACCUAACCCACAGAGAUCACCUCAUAGACUACCUUACAGACAGAGAUCACCUCAUACUCUACCUUACACACAGAGAUCUCCUCGUAGUCUACCUUACACACAGAGAUCACCUCAUAGACUACCUUACAGAUAGAGAUCACCUCAUAGACUACCUUACAGACAGAGAUCACCUCAUAGUCUACCUUACAGACAGAGAUCACCUCAUAGUCUACCUAACCCACAGAGAUCACCUCAUAGUCUACCUUACACACAGAGAUCACCUCAUAGUCUACCUAACCCACAGAGAUCACCUCAUAGACUACCUUACAGACAGAUAUCACCUCAUACUCUACCUUACACACAGAUAUCUCCUCGUAGUCUACCUUACACACAGAGAUCACCUCAUAGACUACCUUACAGAUAGAGAUCACCUCAUAGACUACCUUACAGACAGAGAUCACCUCAUAGUCUACCUUACAGACAGAGAUCACCUCAUAGUCUACCUAACCCACAGAGAUCACCUCAUAGUCUACCUUACACACAGAGAUCACCUCAUAGACUACCUUACAGACAGAGAUCACCUCAUAGUCUACCUUACAGACAGAGAUCACCUCAUAGUCUACCUUACACACAGAGAUCACUUCAUAGUCUACCUAACCCACAGAGAUCACCUCAUAGUCUACCUAACCCACAGAGAUCACCUCAUAGACUACCUUACACACAGAGAUCAUCUCAAAGUCUACCUAACACACAGAGAUCACCUCAUAGUCUACCUUACACACAAAUAUCACCUCAUAGUCUACCUAACCCACAGAGAUCACCUCAUAGUCUACCUAACCCACAGAGAUCACCUCAUAGACUACCUUACAGACAGAGAUCACCUCAUAGACUACCUUACACACAGAGAUCUCCUCGUAGUCCUACCUUACACACAGAGAUCACCUCAUAGACUACCUUACACACAGAGAUUACUCAUAGUCUACCUAAUCCACAGAGAUCACCUCAUAGACUACCUUACAGAUAGAGAUCACCUCCAUAGUCUACCUUACACACAGAGAUCUCCUCGUAGUCUACCUUACACACAGAGAUCACCUCAUAGACUACCUUACAGACAGAGAUCACCUCAUAGUCUACCUUACAGACCGAGAUCACCUCAUAAUCUACCUAACCCACAGAGCUCACCUCAUAGUCUACCUUACACACAGAGAUCACCUCAUAGACUACCUUACAGACAGAGAUCACCUCAUAGUCUACCUUACAGACAGAGAUCACCUCAUAGUCUACCUAACCCACAGAGAUCACCUCAUAGACUCCCUAACCCACAGAGAUCACCUCAUAGUCUACCUUACACACAGAGAUCUCCUCGUAGUCUACCUUACACACAGAGAUCACCUCAUAGACUACCUUACAGACAGAUAUCACCUCAUAGACUACAUUACAGACAGAGAUCACCCUCAUAGUCUACCUUACAGACAGAGAUCACCUCACAGUCUACCUAACCCACAGAGAUCACCUCAUAGACUACCUAACCCACAGAGAUCACCUCAUAGUCUACCUUACACACAGAUAUAACCUCAUAGUCUACCUUACACACAGAGAACUCCUCAUAGUCUACCUUACACACAGAGAUCACCUCAUAGUCUACCUAACCCACAGAGAUCACCUCAUAGUCUACCUUACACACAGAUAUCACCUCAUAGUCUACCUAACCCACAGAGAUGACCUCAUAGACUACCUUACAGACAGAGAUCACCUCAUAGUUUACCUUACACACAGAGAUCUCCUCGUAGUCUACCUUACACACAGAGAUCACCUCAUAGACUACCUUACAGAUAGAGAUCACCUCAUAGACUACCUUACAGACAGAGAUCACCUCAUAGUCUACCUUACAGACAGAGAUCACCUCAUAGUCUACCUAACCCACAGAGAUCACCUCAUAGUCUACCUUACACACAGAGAUCACCUCAUAGUCUACCUAACCCACAGAGAUCACCUCAUAGACUACCUUACAGACAGAUAUCACCUCAUACUCUACCUUACACACAGAUAUCUCCUCGUAGUCUACCUUACACACAGAGAUCACCUCAUAGACUACCUUACAGAUAGAGAUCACCUCAUAGACUACCUUACAGACAGAGAUCACCUCAUAGUCUACCUUACAGACAGAGAUCACCUCAUAGUCUACCUAACCCACAGAGAUCACCUCAUAGUCUACCUUACACACAGAGAUCACCUCAUAGACUACCUUACAGACAGAGAUCACCUCAUAGUCUACCUAACCCACAGAGAUCACCUCAUAGUCUACCUAACCCACAGAGAUCACCUCAUAGACUACCUUACAGACAGAGAUCACCUCAUAGACUACCUUACACACAGAGAUCUCCUCGUAGUCUACCUUACACACAGAGAUCACCUCAUAGACUACCUUACACACAGAGAUUACCUCAUAGUCUACCUAAUCCACAGAGAUCACCUCAUAGACUACCUUACAGAUAGAGAUCACCUCAUAGUCUACCUUACACACAGAGAUCUCCUCGUAGUCUACCUUACACACAGAGAUCACCUCAUAGACUACCUUACAGACAGAGAUCACCUCAUAGUCUACCUUACAGACCGAGAUCACCUCAUAAUCUACCUAACCCACAGAGAUCACCUCAUAGUCUACCUUACACACAGAGAUCACCUCAUAGACUACCUUACAGACAGAGAUCACCUCAUAGUCUACCUUACAGACAGAGAUCACCUCAUAGUCUACCUAACCCACAGAGAUCACCUCAUAGACUCCCUAACCCACAGAGAUCACCUCAUAGUCUACCUUACACACAGAGAUCUCCUCGUAGUCUACCUUACACACAGAGAUCACCUCAUAGACUACCUUACAGACAGAUAUCACCUCAUAGACUACAUUACAGACAGAGAUCACCUCAUAGUCUACCUUACAGACAGAGAUCACCUCAUAGUCUACCUAACCCACAGAGAUCACCUCAUAGACUACCUAACCCACAGAGAUCACCUCAUAGUCUACCUUACACACAGAUAUAACCUCAUAGUCUACCUUACACACAGAGAACUCCUCAUAGUCUACCUUACACACAGAGAUCACCUCAUAGUCUACCUAACCCACAGAGAUCACCUCAUAGUCUACCUUACACACAGAGAUCACCUCAUAGUCUACCUAACCCACAGAGAUGACCUCAUAGACUACCUUACAGACAGAGAUCACCUCAUAGUUUACCUUACACACAGAGAUCUCCUCGUAGUCUACCUUACACACAGAGAUCACCUCAUAGACUACCUUACAGACAGAGAUCACCUCAUAGACUACCUUACAGACAGAGAUCACCUCACAGUCUACCUAACCCACAGAGAUCACCUCAUAGUCUACCUAACCCACAGAGAUCACCUCAUAGUCUACCUAACCCACAGAGAUCACCUCAUAGUCUACCUAACACACAGAGACAGUCAAGUCAACACCAGAGGUGGGGUCAAUUCUGUUUCAAUUCAAGUCAAUU